AUGAGCACGAAGCUCCUACUAUCGGCCGUAUUGGCCCUCGUAGCGAUCCAGAGUGGAUUGGCAGGACACGCUCACAGCUUCGCGCAUUUUCACGGACCGGUCGAAGGGCACGGACACGAAAUAGUUGUUCACGAUAAGCAUGGCCAUCAGCAUGUGGACUACCUCGCGCAUCCCAAGUACGAGUUUGCGUACGGCGUCGAGGAUCAUCACACUGGCGAUUACCACGGGCAGAAAGAACGCAGAGACGGGAAAAAAGUUGUCGGCGAGUACACCAUCAAAGAGCCGGGCGGCAACAUGAGAACCGUAACUUACCAUGCCGAUCCACAUGGGGGAUUUUUUGCUCAUGUUCACAACUCCGGCGGUAACAAUCACCAUGGCGGUACAUACGGCGGUCAUGGCCACGGCCACCACUGAAGAGGACGCGAAACUUUAAUUACUUCAAUUAAUUAACGGCCGAUUAUACACGACGUUUGUGUUGCCUCCCCAUUGUGUUCUCUUAUGUUGUGUUCUUUUAUAAUUCUUGUAAAUAUACGUUUCUCGCUCCUCCCCAAUUUAUACGCGUGCGUUUCGCUCUCGUUCAGUUCGCGGAGCAAUUCGCGCAUCACGUGUGGGAAGUCGAAAUGUCCUCA